UCCACACAUGCGCUGAAUUACUAUUUAUGAAUUCACACAGUAACACAAGUUUCAUUUCCAACCACAGCCAUAUUAGUCAGAACUUCCUCUUAUUAAAGAUAAAAACAAGACUGUGUUUUAGUAGUGUUACAUCACUGAACAAGGACCACACGCUGCAGAGAUGUUGCUUUACCUCUACUGUCUCCUCGCUGGAUGCUUCUGUCACAGCUAUACAGGAGUACCCAUAGUUACUGCACUGCAGAACUCACAGGCUACACUGCCUUGUCCUGAUACAAAGCAAGAUGUCACAUGGACCCGUUUCUUAAAUGGUAAACGUCUGACUCUUGUCAUUAUUAAAAAUGGCAAAAAGGAAAUAAUGGACGAGAACUUUGAUUCCCUGCCAGAAAAGUCACUUGUAGUAAAAAAGGUUUCAGCCUCUGAUUCUACAAUGUAUUUGUGUAAUCAACAAAAAGUAUAUCUUAACAUGACAACAGAUCCCAACAUGGUGGAUGCUGAAAAUGUACCAGUCACACCAAGAAACAAUGGACUGGGUUUUGGGCUUGGACAAGGUGAGAAGGGAAUAGCUGCAGAUGCAGAGAACCAACAUCCUUCAGACUUUUGGAAAAUACCUGUUGGUGCAGUCGUAGGUGCUGCAUUGAUGCUUUUGUCCGUCUUAACCAUGAGACUGAUCUCAAAGAAGAGACGAGAGAGAAACGCCAAUGUGGACAAAAGUGGAACUGAGGUGAUUUAUGAGGAGAUUCAAGCCGGCAUGCAGCAGCCGAGGAGGGAGUCUGAUGUUGAAAGUCCAUACUACUGUACAAGCUUCAGUGAAAUCCCAAGCACCUCCACGUCACCAAAUGAUAAUCUGUACAGCACUGUCAACAAGCUCAAAACUAAAGGACGCAGCAAUGAGGAGUGUGUGUACUACCUUGCUGAGGAUCCAACACAGUCAGGAAAAGUCAAUGAAUAAUCUGUGUUUUAUCUAUCGCACUUUGUGUCCUGAUAAAUGAUAAAGAAACUGUCUGAGGCUCCACUGACAGAAAAAUGUAAUUUCAAGAAUAGGUUUUAGAGUGAAAUCAGAAAAAAUACAAGUCAAGUCAAGUGGAUUUUUUUUGUCAUUUCAACCAUAUAUACACUACACAGUGAAAUGAGUGUUAUUACUAAGAUUACUUAUUCAGUUACUUUAAAAUUACUUGUGGAUCAUUGGUGAACCUGAGGCAGGCUGAAUGAUGCCUGGGUGCUCAAACAAGCCAUCUGUAAUAGCAACUACCUGUCAAUCAAAGCAACCACACUGUUAAUUAUGCAUAACUUUAAGCCUUAAUAGAAUUUGAGUAGGUCAGUUAAACUCAGUACAGUUGUAAUGAAUGGGGAAAUUGGCUAUAAAGACCAAAACUGUCUUUGUACCAAACUGUUGUUGAUGUUGAUUUCUGCUGUGAAGUUGGAUAUUAUAACAUGGGGGCUUAUGGAAACUGACUCGUUCUGUAGCCAGUGGCUACUCGAGCAACUACUUUUGACAAAACAAUUUGUCAAGAAACAACAGAUAGAGAGUAACAGAUAUGGAGGUGUAUGUACACAUGGAUAUAUACAGUAUGACCACAGUGGGUGUGUGAAGUAGAGAGGUAGAUAUACAAUUAAGUAGCAGUAAAGAUAAAAGGUAGGUGUGCAUGGAAACAUAUGCAAUGUGCAAUGUUGUUUUUAUGUUUUGCUGUUGUUUAACAGUCUGACUGCCUGUGAGAAAUGGGCAGAAAUCUCUUAAAAUAGAAUUAAUAUUGUUAUUGUUUUUAGAUGGAAACCUGUUUUGUCCUCUGAAAUCAGGUUGGGAGUCUAUUAUACUAUUGUGUUGUUGUUUUUAUUAGUGUUACUACUAAGAUUACUUAUUCAGUUACUUUAACAUGACUUGUUACUAUCCUUUUACACUAUAUAUAAUGAAUAGAAAUGCAUUUCACUGUGAUUACAUCUGUAUCAUUAUAUUUUACUAUUAAACUGACUGAUUGAUGUGAUCUAAUCAAUAAACCACCAUGUCAUAGCAUCCAUUACUUUUCAGAACAAAAUAUCUUGUGAAUGGAUUGGCAUGAACUUUGAUACGUUUGGUACAUUUUCACUAGGUUUGGACAAAUUUUGUUUGUCUGUCAUUAAACACAUUUUGUUCCAUGUUGUGUAAUGUUAAACACUCAGAAAUCAGCUGAUAAAUUGAAGUGUAAUGUAUGAACUAAAGGGUCAAUUCUGUGUCCACAGUCAAAUAAAAAAUCUCCCUAGUUUGAAUAAAUAUGCUUUAAUUGAUUGAAGUAUGAUUCAGCAUGAUUCCUCUUUUCAUCGUACUUUUCUGAACUUGUCAU